AUCUAACGCCAUACACCUCGAUUCUCGAAGGACCUUUCUUUCUACCUAAUACUCUCCAUCGACUCUCUCUCUCUCUACAAUCUGAUCAUCCUCUGUAAAAAUUAACAAAAAUAAAUAAAUAUAUAUAAAAAAAUUAGUGUAUAAUUCGAGUUACUGAACUAUGGAUUUGAUAGAGCUGUGGGCGAUCUUCGGACCAGCCGUUGCUGGUGCGGUCUUCGGCGCCGGCUGGUGGUUUUGGGUCGACGCCGUAGUUUGCAGCUCCGUCGCCGUCUCUUUCCUCCACUACCUCCCUGGUAUAUUUGCGUCUUUGGCGGCUUUGAUGUUCAAUUGUGUUAGAAGGGAGGACAUUGACUACUCUCCUUACGAAGAAGGCGAGUGGAGAUUGAAGCUUUGGCUUUUCCUUGCUUAUGUUAUAUCAUUCGUCUCCCUAGCAGCUGCAGUAGGUCUAUUGAUACAAGAUGCACUUGUGGAAACUGGCCCUUCAGCAUGGACAGGAACUGCAGGUGUUUUGCAAUGUGUGUUCGUGUUGAUCAGUGGGUUGAUUUAUUGGACUUCUCAUUCGGAGUAGGGGUGAAUUGGGAUGUAAUUGUUGCAGCUGAAAUCAUCAUUUUGGGGCUCUCCAUGCAGGUUUCAAUUUUUAGUCAUUAGUCAUGGAACCCAAGGUAGUGUGCCUCCUGAUGUAAAUGUGUGCUAACAAUUUGAAGUUUCAACUGUUUAUCCAAGUAAAAGAGUAAAUGCCAUUUUAUUUUAAAAUUAUGAUAAUACAUCCUGAUUUUGUUAUUGUAUCUGACCGAGUGUAGUGCCAAAUACAUGUUAUAAUGACUUAAAUUCUCUUCUUUUUUU